AUGGCCAAAAGCGAUGGGUGCGAUUAUUUCAGAAGAAGCAGUCUUUUUUGGAUAACUACAGUGACGCUUUCGAUGGGAUACUUCACAGUAAGUGAAUGCCACAAACCGUGGAUGGGUUUGAAGCAAUACCACCACAAUUAUAAAGCAAACUGUUAAGUUCACUUUGUGCCACUGCCACCAUGUCGUAAACAUAGCCAAGGUGUCACCACGAAUGGACUCCGGGUGGAUCUCUAUUUUUACUCAGGCAAUUUUCUGUCAUUUAUUCAGACGUUAGUUUUUGUUGUGUUGUUGUUUAUUAUUAAAUUCCCGUGAAGUCCAUGGCGUAGUAGCACGCUAUUUUAGCUUUUGAAGUUAGCCUAGAUGUUGCGCUUUCAAUUCACUUUUAGCCAGGUCAUCAACCUUGCGAGUUAAAUAUUAAUUAUCUUGCUGUAAGAAGCCUGCAAAUUUACCCAAAGUUAAACAUUUCAUAUUGUAUAAUUGCCAUUGUAAUUACCGACUAAUCAUGUAUCUAUUAUUGCAAUCACUAGCUAGGUUUCCAUCCAAUUGGCGACAGAUUGAAAUGCGAAUAUUGUAAAAUCAUAAUUUAUUUAAUCUGUAUCCUAAUAAACUGCAUGCUUUCCCGAGUCUUAGAACCACAUAACACAUCACAUCAUCGCGUGACUCCAAGUUUACUUCGAAAUGAUGGUUAUUAUAUCAGUAUUUGCGAUUAAUGCCAUUACCACCGGCAUUUCUCGCAUAAUUCAUUUUACCCACCGACACAAAAAGAUCCCACCAUGAAUAGCAUACUUUGUUUUUUCGACAUUUGGAAAGUUAACCGACAAAUGUGCCGUUUCCAUCAGGCCGGGCGUAACAUUUUUUUAUCCGACAUGUACUUUACUUGCAUAAAAUGGUUGGAUGGAAAACUGGUUAGGCCUUCUGAGUGUGGAGUGGAUCAACCUGGAGCAUUUUGUAUUAUUCUAUACGUUAAUCCGAUACACAUAAUUUAGUAUGAUAUUUCCAUUUUAGGCAGCAGUUUAUCACCCUGUAUCCCACUGCUGGCUUGCCUCUGCAGCUAAGCAGAGUUGGUCCCUGGAUGGGAGACCAGAUGCUGCUCGAAGUGGUGUUGGAGGGCCAGUAGCAUGCACUCUUUCCUCUGUUCUAAAAAUAUAUACAGUGCAUUCGGAAAGUAUUCAUUUUCCACAUUAUGUUAUGUUACAGCCUUAUUCUAAAAUUGAAUGAAUUAUUUUUUCCCCUCAUCAAACUACACACAAUACCCCAUAAUGACAAAGCAAAAACAGGUUUUUAGAAAUGUUUGCAAAAUGUAUUAAAAAUACAAAAACAGAAAUACCUUAUUUACAUAAGUAUUCAGACCCUUUGCUAUGUGACUCGAAAUUGAGCUCGGGUGCAUCCUGUUUCCAUUGAUCCUCCUUGAGAUGUUUCUACCACUUGAUUGGAGUCCACCUGUGGUAAAUUCAAUUGAUUGGACAUGAUUUGGAAAGGCACACACCUGUCUAUAUAAAGUCCCACAGUUGGCAGUGCAUGUCAGAGCAAAAACCAAGCCAUGAGGUCGAAGGAAUUGUCCGUAGAGCUCCGAGACAGGAUUGUGUCGAGGCGCAGAUCUGGGGAAGGGUACCAAAACAUUUCUGCAGCAUAGAAGGUCCCCAAGAAUACAGUGGCCUCCAUCAUUCUUAAAUGGAAGAAGUUUGGAACCACUAAGACUCUUCCUAGAGCUGGCCGCCCGGCCAAACGGAGCAAUCUUGGGAGAAGGGCCUUGGUCAGGGAGGUGACCAAGAACCUGAUGGUCACUGACAGAGCUCCAGAGUUCCUCUGUGGAGGUGGGAGAACUUCCAGAAGGACAACCAUCUCUGCAGCACUCCACCAAUAAGGCCUUUAUGGUAGAGUGGCCAGACGGAAGCCAGUCCUCAGUAAGGCACAUGACAGCCUGCUUGGAGUUUGCCAAAAGGCACCUAAAGGACUCUCAGACCAUGAGAAACAAGAUUCUCUGGUCUGAUGAAACCAAGAUUCAACUCUUUGGCCUGAAUGCCAAGCGUCACAUCUGGAGGAAACCUGGCACCAUCCCUACGGUGAAGCAUGGUGGUGGCAGCAUCAUGCUGUGGGGAUGUUUUUCAGCAGCAGGGACUGAGAAAUUAGUCAGGAUCGAGGGAAAGAUGAACAGAGCAAAGUACAGAGAGAUCCUUGAUGAAAACCUGCUCCAGAGCGCUCAGGACCUCUGACUGGGGCGAAGGUUCACCUUCCAACAGGACAACGACCCUAAGCACACAGACAAGACAACGCAGGAGUGGCUUCAGAACAAGUCUCUGAAUGUCCUUGAGUGGCCCAGCCAGAGCCAGGACUUGAACCCGAUCGAACAUCUCUGGAGAGACCUGAAAAUAGCUGUGCAGCGAUGCUGUCCAUCCAACCUGACAGAGAUUGAGAGGAUUUGCAGAGAAGAAUGGGAGAAACUCCCCAAAUACAGGUGUGCCAAGCUUGUAGCUUCAUACCCAAGAAGAUUUGAGGCUGUAUUCGCUGCCAAAGGUGCUUCAACAAAGUACUGAGUAAAGGGUCUGAAUACUUAUGUUAAUAUAAUAUUUCCAUUUUUUAUUUUUUAUAAAUUAGCAAAAAUGUCUAAAAACCUGUUUUUGCUUUGUCAUUAUGGGGUAUUGUGUGUAGAUUGAUGAGGGGGAAAAACUAUUUAAUCCAUUUUAAAAUAAGGCUGUAAUAUAACAAAAUGUGGAAAAAGUCAAGGGGUCUGAACACUUCCUGAAUGCAGUGUAUAUCCCAAUGCCCCAGGGCAGUUACUGGGGACAUUGCCUUGUGUAGGGUGCCGUCUUUCGGAUCGGACAUUAAACGGGUGUCCUGGCUCUCUGUGGUCACUGAAGAUCCCAUGGCACUCAUCGUAAGAGUAGGGGUGUUAACCCCAGUGUCCUGGCUAAAUUCCCAAUCUGGUCCUCAUACGAUCAUGGCCACCUAAUCAUCUCCAGCUUCCAAUUGGCUCAUUCAUCACCCCUCCUCUCCCCUUUAGCUAUUCCCCAGGUCGUUGCUGUAAAUGAGUGUGUUCUCAGUCCACUUAUCUGGUAAAAUAUGGGUAAAAUAUAUUAAUAAAAUAAACAUUUCGUAUGACAAAUUACAAUUCGUAUAUUAUAUGUUACGAAUUUGCAAAAUGUACAAUAUGUUACGAAUUUGCAAACGUAUAAUACGUUACGAAUUAGCAAAACGUAUGAUAUAUUAUGAAUUCUAGCUAGGUGGCUCGCUAACGUUAGCUUGGCUAGGGGUUAGGGCUAAGGUUAGGGUUAAGUUUAGGAGUUAGGUUUAAGAGGGUUAGGGGAAGGGUUAGCUAAAAAAGUUAGGGUUAGAUGAAGGAUUAGCUAAAAGGGUUAGGGGGAGGGGAAGGGUUAGCUAACAUGCUAAGUAGUUGCAAAGUAGCUAAAAAGUAGUAAGUAGUUGAAAAGUUACUAAUUAGCUAAAAUGCUAAAGUUGUCUGUGAUGAGAUUCGAACUCGCAACUCCCCUCGGACUAACCACCCUACUUUCGUUUUUGCCUUAAGUAACCAUCUGUCUUAUAUAACCAUAACAAACAUAACAUACUAAAUUGAGGGACUCUGAUUUACGUACAGAAUAAUACAAAAUGCUCUGAGACCAAGUUGAGUGGAUAACUCCAGGUGUGCUGCUGAGUAGAAAGGUCAUGAUAGUGUAGCCAUUGACAUUUCUCUUACUAGGACUAUUUAUCAGCCAUAGAUAGCCCUAUAGAUAACGCAGUAUCUUGUUCAAAGUCCGUUUUUGAAAAGUGUGUUAACGGUGAAUUGGGUGCAAUAUGGCUGUUAGUAGCCUAGUUAUCUAGUGUAGGUUUUAUCUUUUAAUUUCCCCACCACAUCUACACUGAACAAAAAUAUAAAUGCAAGAUGCAACAAUUUCAAAGAUUUUACUGAGUUACAGUUCAUAAGGAAAUCAGUCAAUUGAAAUAAAUAAAUUAGGUUCUAAUCUAUGGAUUCCACAUGACUGGGAAUACAGAUAUGCAUCUGUUGGUCACAGAUACCUUAAAAAAAAAGGUAAAGGCUAGGGUUGAAUGGCGGGAACCCGGUUACCAAGAUUUACCACCCAAAACCACUCCCUUUUCCCAAGAUAAAUAACUGUGAGAAACCGGUACAUUAUAAUAAAUUAUUUAUAUGAACAGCAUGACGUGAUAUUGAACUGUUAAAUUAUAUGCAAUGUCUAAAUCUGGAUUCUCUAUGGCCAUCUUUCUGUUCACUGCAUGAUGAAGCAUCAACGCCCAGGGUGGGGACCGACAGCCCAUCUCAGUAUGUAGACCUAUCAUCUCAUCAUGGUAACUUUUUUUAUUGUGACAGGUAGACCUACAUUUGCUGCAGCAUAGCCUAUGCUACAGUAAUAUGAAGAUCGAAUGCGUGUCUAAUUUACACAUCUCAGUCUGGCUUUCGGGGAUCACCUUAUUUUUUUAAUUGUAAAGAUAUUUUUUAAUUUGCAGCUGCAGACUAUAUAAUUGCUUUAAAUCAGUGCACAGGUGACCACUCUCAUGAAGUCUUUCUUUCUCUCCAUCAAUUCCAUUCAAAUUGCAUCCAAAAUAGAUAAUCCUGUUCAAGAUUAAUGUAUAGGCCUACAGUGCAUUCAGAAAGUAUUCAGACCCCUUGACUUUUUCCACAUUUUGUUACGUUACAGCCUUAUUCUAAAAUGGAUCAAAAAUUUUAAAAUAAAAUCCUCAUCAAUCUUCACAAAAUACCACAAAAUGACAAAGCAAAAACAGGUUUUUAAAUUUUUUAUCAAAUUUAUAAAAUAAAAACGGAAAUAUACAUUUACAUAAUUGUCAGACCCUUUACUCAGUACUUUGUUGAAGCACCUUUGGCAGCGAUUACAGCCUCGAGUCUUCUUGUGUAUGACACUACAAGCUUGGCACACCUGUAUUUGGGGAGUUUCUCCCAUUCCUUUCUGCAGAUCCUCUCAAGCUCUGUCAGGUUGGAUGGGGAGCGUUGCUGCACAGCUAUGUUUAAAGAACCCCCGCGGGUUGUCUUCAGAUGCGCCCCCAACAUCAGUCAAAUGGUGGUAAGGUCUGAUCUUCCACCAGUGCCACGUAGUACCUUCCUAGACAAUGUGCUGGACGGUAAUUAUAGAUGUGGCCGAUGUACCCAGUGUAACUUUACAAACAAAUGCACACUGUUCAAUCACCCUAUUACGGGUAAAGCCAUUAAGAUUAAGGGCAUCAUUACGUGUUCCACAAAAAAUGUGAUAUACCUGAUCAAGUGUAUUUGUGGUCUAUGCUAUGUAGGAAAAAUUAAACGAGCUCUGAAAACAAGGAUAGCAGAACACAGGAGUAAUAUCAGGACCCCAUCUGCCCGGUACAGUUGAAACCGGGAUUCAUCCAUGAAGAGCACACUUCUCCAGUGUGCCAGUGGCCAUCGAAGGUGAGCAUUUGCCCACUGAAGUCGGUUACGACGCCGAACUGCAGUCAGGUCAAGACCCUGGUGAGGACGACAAGCAUGCAGAUGAGCUUCCCUGAGACGGUUUCUGAAAGUUUGUGCAGAAAUUCUUCAGUUGUGGGAACCCACAGUUUCAUCUGCUGUCCGAGUGGCUCGUCUCAGACAAUCCCGUAGGUGAAGAAGCCGGAUGUGGAGGUCCUGGGCUGGUGUGGUUACACAUGGUCUGCCAUUGUGAGGCUGGUUGGAUGUACUGCCAAAUUCUCUAAAAUGAAGUUGGAGGCAGCUUAUGAUAGUGAAAUGAACAUUCAAUUAUCUGGCAACAGCUCUGGUGGAUUCAGAUUCAGAGUGUUUAAUACACACGUACAGGGUUGCAGGUGUGAUUGCAGACUAUAGUGAACGUCAUAGGCUUUGAGCUCCAACAUGCAGGACUAAGGUCAUUCCUGCAGUCAGCAUGCCAGUUGCACACUCCCUUAAAACUUGAGACAUCUGUGGAAUUGUGUUGUGUGACAAAACUGCACAUUUUAGAGUGGCCUUUUAUUGUCCCCAGCACCUGUGUAAUGAUCAUGCUGUUUAAUCAGGUUCUUGAUAUGCCACACCUGUCAGGUGGAUGGAUUAUCUUGGCAAAGGAGAAAUGCUCACUAACAGGGAUGUUAACAAAUGAGUGCACAACAUUUUAGAGAAAUAAGCUUUUUGUGUGUAUGGAACAUUUCUGGGAUCUUUUAUUUCAGGUCAUGAAACAUGGGACCAACACUUUACAUGUUGCGUUUAUAUUUUUGUUCAGUGUUGCUUAUGCAUUGCCUUCCACAGAGUAAUGUAAGUCAGAGGUCAUACAUACGCAUCCCCCAGUAUAGUAUAGUGCAGGGAUCAUCAACUAGAUUCAGCCGCGGGCCGAUUUCUUGAGCGAAUGGUCGGGGGCUGGAACAUAAUUACAAAUCAUUUGUAGACUGCAAAUUGACUGCAAGAAGCCCAAACAUAUAUAAUAUUUGACUAAAACAAUAGUUUCAAACCUUGCUUAGAUUUGUAUACAAUCAGAUGUGUCUCUUUAUUAUGCGUGGCAAUACUAUUAUUAUUAUUUUUGCUCAGAAAACAUGGAGCUCCAAAUAAAACCACCCACAGGCCCGACCAGUUGGGGAACCCUGGUAUAGUGCAAACAAGGGAACCCCAGUGACAACUGCUUGCUAGCACUGUUAGCUCUUGGGUAGAGAUACAAAAGGAGUUUGGCUAUAUCCUAACAAUGAUGAGCAAAAAGUGGAGGGUUAGUGCACAAGCUGGAGACCCUCUGGAAUGGAUAGAGCUGAAUAGUAUUUUUGUCAAACAUGUUGCAACCUAUCAGGUGUUACAAUGACCAUGUGAUCAUAGUAGAAAAUGACUUGGAUGUGUGGCACAGGUGGGACAUGUGUAGGCCUACAUAAUUAAUGUUUUCAAAAGUUGGUGGAAGGAAUUUGUGUGUAUGGGGCACUGUUUGUAACAUGCUAUUUUGUGAAAAAUAGAUGUUUUCCAAGAACUGACUGUCUGAUCACAUCUCUGUUCUGUUAUCAGUGGACAGUGUUCUGGCCACAGCAGGUCCCUUAUGUCAAACUAGGUCCGCUUGGUACCCUGUCCAGAUACCUGGUGGACAAUCACCAUUCUCUCAUGUACAAAGGGUAAGUUACUGUUCCUCCAUGAUAAUGUCCACAAGGUUCUGUCAUCAAGUGGCAUGGGGUGAAAUGUUGGCCAAACAAGUUUAUAGUCAGAAUGAGGAUAGUCAAUGUGAAAUUGAAGGUAAUUCUGAAUGAAACUGCAGUUACAAUGUUCAUCACAUGCAGGGGUUGCCAUCACAAUAGAUCACUGUAAAUGAGCUUUCUAAUGAUGUGCCAAGUACCCACAGAAUACAGAGGCUUAGUCAGGCUGCUUAAUCAACUGUGUCCUACUCCCUUCACCAUUUUCACUCUUAUCACCAUAUUUUCAGUGUAACACUUCAACUCAUUCAUCACAUACAUGGCCACUUAUUAAAUAUCAAAGAAACACUCACACAUUUUAUAUCCAUACAAGACCAAUGUGUUUUCUGUUUUUGUGUUGCUGAUCAAUUGCUGUGGUGUGGUACCAUACCAUUGUAGCUAGCAGAGGUCAUGAGUUCAUUGGUCAAUUGCCAGAAAUACUGUUAAGGCUCGCACACAUCGCACCGAAUGUGGAUCUAGCGUUAGUUUGUCGAUCAUUAAGAGCGCUGUGUUUUAGGGACCACCUGCUGUAAAUGUCUGAUUGCCAACAGUUUUCACACAAUUCUACAUGUAAAAUCGGUACGCAAAUUUCGUACAGAGGUGCUAAGUACUCUCGGCCAGCAAACGCUGAUGUUGUGCCUGAGCCCUUAGACUGUUUUCAAAAACCUAUUAGAAAUAGACUAGAAACAUCCUCAUUCUGGAUGUUGUGUGUUUCUCUGUGUUUUAGAUGGUGGGCAACCUGGGCCAUCCACGUGGCUGAAGCCCUUGUUGCCAUGAAGGUCUGCAGGUAAGAUGGAUUUCCAUAUCCAUGUUUCCUCUAUGGGGCGCUAUUGUUCUGAAAUUUUGUUCGCCGGUGAUUGUGAAGCAAACUGCCGGUCUCAUGGUAAUUGACUGUUAAUUAACAUUAACACGUUUAAUAUCUCCUGGCUUCCACGCAUAGCCUACAAUCCACUGAUACAGACCUUUGGAACAUCUACAUUUAAAAAAAGUCAAAAUAAAUUCAGUUAAUAUAGCCUACAACAUCACAAUAUAUCCAUUAUUUAUUUUAGACAGGUCUAAAGAAACAUGAUAUGAAGAAAAUGUAGUCUAUUUCAGAUGAACAGAAUAGCAUACUCUGAGUUGUCCUUGUUAGGCCCUGAUCUGAUCUGGCUAUGCCAUAUGGCUGUGGACUACACUAGUUCAUUUAGCAGACAAGAUUUGCUUAGAAUUCCAUGGCAUUAUUUUAUAUUAUUUUAUAGUAUGAAGAAUACAAUUGAACAUAGCUGAAUAAAAUAGAAAUAAUAUUUUCUCCAAACGAUUUCUGAGCGGUUAACAAAGAAACAGGUCCUCCUAUAUGCUUAAUUUAUAGUUAUUUAUGCAACUUUAGUACAUUCUAAGGCUGCAUGAUGCGACUAAUGAUGAUUAGUAAAAAGUCGCAUGAAAGGCAUGAGCUCUGCUUUGUUUCUUGUGCAGGCUGCACACACUUCAUCAGUCUCUCAUUCACAAUGUGACAAGCACUUGAUCAUAUUCUCACCAGGCCUCUAAUUUCCUGGCGGCAUCCCCCUAAAAUAUCGAUGCCUUUUGCGGCGAAAUUGGCUGUUGUACCCUUGGGCUGAAUAUAAUAAUUAUAAUUCCCUUCUCCCGGCUGCCAAUUGCCUGCUCCGAAGCACCUCUCACUCACAUGGCUCUCUCAGACAUCAAAAUUCUUAUUAGCCAAUGCCCAUCACGUGAUCGGGUCCUUCUCACAGGCAUCUCAGCUCUGAAGUGAAGACAGACACAUGGGGGACGCAACUGCGCGUGUCCCUCUUAUCAAAUUCCAAGGCGCGUAUUGAACUGUCCACAUGUACUUUCCGUCAGCUAACAAGAUGAGUAGGCCUAAUGAACAGCAAAAGCACUCGCCUAUGUCAAUCUACUAUCCCCCAUAGUACAAAAGUUGACCUAUUCUAUUGGUAAUGCUUUAUUAUAAAGGUGCAUUUUUAGGGCGAAAAUUAUCUUCCCCAAACUUGAAACUCACUCGCCGCCUACAGUGAGGGAAAAAAGUAUUUGAUCCCCUGCUGAUUUUGUACGUUUGCCCACUGACAAAGAAAUUAUCAGUCUAUAAUUUUAAUGGUAGGUUUAUUUGAACAGUGAGAGACAGAAUAACAACAAAAAAAUCCAGAAAAACGCAUGUCAAAAAUGUUAUAAAUUGAUUUGCAUUUUAAUGAGGGAAAUAACUAUUUGACCCCCUCUCAAGCAGAAAGAUUACUGGCUCCCAGGUGUCUUUUAUACAGGUAACAAGCUGAGAUUAGGAGCACACUCUUACAGGGAGUGCUCCUAAUCUCAGUUUGUUACCUGUAUAAAAGACACCUGUCCACAGAAGCAAUCAAUCAAUCAGAUUCCAAACUCUCCACCAUGGCCAAGACCAAAGAGCUCUCCAAUGAUGUCAGGGACAAGAUUGUAGACCUACACAAGGCUGGAAUGGGCUACAAGACCAUCGCCAAGCAGCUUGGUGAGAAGGUGACAACAGUUGGUGUGAUUAUUCGCAAAUGGAAGAACCACAAAAGAACUGUCAAUCUCCCUCGGCCUGGGGCUCCAUGCAAGAUCUCACCUCGGGGAGUUGCAAUGAUCAUGAGAACGUUGAGGAAUCAGCCCAGAACUACACGGGAGGAUCUUGUCAAUGAUCUCAAGGCAGCUGGGACCAUAGUCACCAAGAAAACAAUUGGUAACACACUACACCGUGAAGGACUGAAAUCCUGCAGCGCCCGCAAGGUCCCCCUGCUCAAGAAAGCACAUAUACAGGCCCGUCUGAAGUUUGCCAAUGAACAUCUGAAUGAUUCAGAGGAGAAUUGGGUGAAAGUGUUGUGGUCAGAUGAGACCAAAAUUUAGCUUUUUGGCAUCAACUCAACUCGCCGUGUUUGGAGGAGGAGGAAUGCUGCCUAUGACCCCAAGAACACCAUCCCCACCGUCAAACAUGGAGGUGGAAACAUUAUGCUUUGGGGGUGUUUUUCUGCUAAGGGGACAAGACAACUUCACCGCAUCAAAGAGACGAUGGACGGGACCAUGUACCGUCAAAUCUUGGGUGAUUACCUCCUUCCCUCAGCCAGGGCAUUGAAAAUUCCAGCAUGACAAUGACCCAAAUCACACGGCCAAGGCAACAAAGGAGUGACUCAAGAAGAAGCACAUUAAGGUCCUGGAGUGGCCUAGCCAGUCUCCAGACCUUAAUCCCAUAGAAAAUAUGUGGAGGGAGCUGAAGGUUCGAGUUGCCAAAUGUCAGCCUCGAGACCUUAAUGAGUGGGACCUUAAUGAGUGGGACAAAAUCCCUCCUGAGAUGUGUGCAAACCUGGUGGCCAACUACAAGAAACGUCUGACCUCUGUGAUUGCCAACAAGGGUUUUGCCACCAAGUACUAAGUCAUGUUUUGCAGAGGGGUCAAAUACUUAUUUCCCUCAUUAAAAUGCAAAUCAAUUUAUAACAUUUUUGACAUGCUUUUUCUGGAUUUUGUUGUUGUUAUUCUGUCUCUCACUGUUCAAAUAAACCUACCAUUAAAAUUAUAGACUGAUCAUGUCUUUGUCAGUGGGCAAACGUACAAAAUCAGCAGGGGAUCAAAUACUUUUUUCCCUCACUGUAUGUAUGCCAGUUAGGCUCUACACCGGUUGUAAAGCGGAUUAAUGUGCGACUAGGAUUUGAAAAAGUAGAGAGAAAAAAGGCAUGCGCUGUUUCAUGCCUUACUGCACACGCUGGGCAUCAUUCACAAGUGAUAGGCUAAUAUUGUCAGGACUCUCCAAAAAUGUUAGAUCGGGUUCGGGUUCAGGUCCAGGCUCUGGCUGGGCCACUCAAGGACAUUCAGACACUUGUCCCGAAGCCAAUCCUGCAUUGUCUUGGCUGUGUGCUUGUCCCAGUGUGAGGUCCUGAGCGCUCUGGAGCAGGUUUUCAUCAACUAUCUCUCUGUACUUUGCACCGUUCAUCUUUCCCUCGAUGCUGACUAGUCUCCUAGUCCCUACUGCUGAAAAACAUCCCCACAGCAUGAUGCUGCCACCACCAUGCUUCACCGUAGGGAUGGUGCCAGGUUUCCUCCAGACGUGAUGCUUGGCAUUCAGGCCAAAGAGUUCAAUCUUGGUUUCAUCAGACCAGAUAAUCUUGUUUCUCAUGGUCUGAGAGUCCUUUAGGUGCCUUUUGGCAAACUCCAAGCGGGCUGUCAUGUGCCUUUUACUGAGGAGUGGCUUCCGUCUGGCCACUCUACCAUAAAGGCCUGGUUUAGUGGAGUGCUGCAGAGAUGGUUGUCCUUCUGGAAGGUUCUCCCAUUUCCACAGAGGAACUCUGGAGCUCUGUCAGCGUGACCAUUGGGUUCUUGGUCACCUCCCUGACCAAGGCCCUUCUCCCCCGAUUGCUCAGUUUGGCCGGGCGGCCUGCCGACAUUUAUUCCAUUUAAGAAUGAUGGAGGCCAGCCUCCCGAGUGGCGCAGCGGUCUAAGGCAUUGCAUCGCAAUACUUUAGGCGUCACUACAGACCCGGGUUCGAUCCCAGGCUGUGUCACAACCGGCAGUGACCGGGAGUCCCAUAGUUAGGGGAGGGUUUGGCCAGGGGUGCUUUAUUUGGCUCAUCGCGCUCUAGCGACUCCUUGUGGUGGGCCGGGUGCCUACAGGCUGACUUCGGUCGUCAGGUAAACAGUGUUUCCUCCGGUACAUUGGUGCGGCUGGCUUCCGGGUUAAGCGGGCGGUGUUAAGAAGCGCGGUUUGGCGGGUCAUGUCUCUGAGGACGCAUGACUCGACCAUCGCCUCUCCCGAGCCUGUUGGGGAGUUGCAGCAAUGAGACAAGAUCGUAAUUGGAUCACAAAAUUGGGGAGAAAAAGGGAGUACAUUUUUUUAUACAAAUAAUAAUAAUUAAAAGAAUGAUGGAGGCCACUGUGUUCUUGGGGACCUUCAAUGCUGCAGAAAUGUUUUGAUACCCUUCCCCAGAUCUGUGCCUCGACACAAUCCUGUCUCGGAGCUCUACGGACAUUUCCUUCAACCUCAUGGCUUGGAUUUUGCUCUGACAUGCACUGUCAACUGUAGGACCUUAUAUAGCCAGGUGUGUGCUUUUACAAAUCACGACCAAUCAAUUGAAUUUACCACAGGUGGACUAAAAUGAAGUUGUAGAAACAUCUCAAGGAUGAUCAAUGGAAACAGGAUGCACCUGAGCUCAAUUUCGAGUCUCUUAGCAAAGGGUCUGAAUACUUAUUGUAAAAUGGACUAAAUUAAACAAUUUCCUCAUCAAUCUAACCACAAUACCCCAUAAUGACAAAGCGAAAACAGGUUUUUAGAAAUCUUUGCAAAUGUAUUCAAAAUAAAAAACAGAAAUACCUUAUUUACAUAAGGCUGUAAUGUAACAAAAUGUGGAAAAAGCGAAGGGGUCUGAAUACUGUAUAUUUUAGCAAUUACAUUUACUUUUGAUACUUAAGUAUAUUUAAAAUCAAAUACUUUUAGACUUACUCAAGUAGUACUUAACUGGGUGACUUUCACUUUUACUUGAGUCAUUUUCUAUUAAGGUAUCUUUACUUUUACCCAAGUAUGACAAUUGGGUAAUUUUUCCACCAUCGGUGUCUUGACUGUGAUCGGGUAGGUGUGUCUUGUCUGUUUAAUGAACAAAAUAACGAACAAUUGAUUUCAUUUCGAUGGUGCAGCCAUGGCUGCACAGACCCAUAACAUAGGCCUAAUUAAACUCAAAAUAUCCUAUUCUAUUCUUUUGAAAAAAAAAAAUAUUGGUCUUAUGUUUCUUUUAAUAAUAAUGGAUUUAUUUUUGAUGGUGUAUUUUCUCAAUGGAUUUCUUCUAGUGCACCAUCCCUCGUCAUGUUUUGUUUUGUCCAGAAGAGGGCAUUGUAUAACUGCAUCUCUAGUUACAUUUAAGAUCUUAUAAUGCACAGCCUUCUGUCACCUCUCUUUAUAUUUGCCUAUUUGGACUCUACUCAAUACCUUAAAGGCCAUUAUGCUGUAGUCAUUGUCACUGAAGACUGAACUGCUUUGUGUGUGUGUGUGUGUCUUCACAGUGACAAAGGGGUGGACGGCACAAGGACACGUUGCCUCUGGUUUGUUCAGACGGUGCUGUUUGGCUUUGCCUCUCUCGGCCUGCUUCUCAAAUACAAACCUGACCACAGGCCCAAACAACACUGA